AAACAUCAGUUUGCAUCAUGUGACAUACAAAGCUGCACACACACACAUGAAAGAGCAUCGAAAACUUGUCAAUAUUUCGGCAUAAUGUUUCCAAACAUUAGCAUCUUAACUUUACAGAUACUUAUAUUGUGUUUUGAUGUGUGCUCAGGCGAUAUUUUUGCACGUUUGAGCAAGUCUACAGCUCCAGAGAAACAACGUUUGAGCCUAUUGUGCCAGGGUUGUAACGAGACGAGCAACUUCAUCGAAGGAAAUUGCUUGCAAAAACAACGUAGAGGGAGAUGUUGUCUGGAUUCAAAUAACGUUACCAUUGGUCUAGAUCUUGGAAACUGUAGUCUUACCCGUGUCCCAGACAUCCACUCUUUACAAAGUCUUUCCUGGUUGAAUUUGGCUAAUAACUCCCAACUAGACUGUUCAUAUUCUGGUUACGACAGUGCAUACAAGGGACUCAAAAAAUUAUCAUCAAUAUACCUGCCAUCACAUUGCAAUUGUCCAGGAGGGAGGGUGCUAUGGAAUGUUACAAAAACAAAAGACUCCAAGUCAUGUAUCGGCCAGCUAAACACAUGCUCUGUACUCAAUGUCACAUGCCCUGAUAAUUCUGAUUGCGUGGAUAAUGGUCCAGGUUUUUACGAGUGUCAUUGCAAGCCAUCUUGGGGGGGCUACAGGUGUCUUGUCAAGGAUGGGAUUCCUAUCAUUAUUAUUCUGGGCUCUAUAGCAGGGGCUGCUAUCUUCACCAUUGCCAUCCUCUCAAUUUUAAUGUGCAAAAGGUGAGUUUGGGAAAAGUUAAGAUGAGUUGUGCCAUUGCUUUCUCGGCCUGGGAUCACUUCUCUGGGUUUGAUAGCUCUAACACAAUUGCUGCCUAUGAGCAGGUCGACAAAAUUUGUCAGUGUCGAUUUGUCAGCGCUUUGUGCGGUGCUUAUGUACCUUAAAACGCGUUUGUCGAUUUGUCAGUCGACAGGUCGACAAAAUUUGUCAGUGUUGAUUUGUCAUUCCUCUGUGCGGUGGUUAUAUGCU